CUGAUGCACUUAUUACAAUGAAAAUAAAUUUAGGUUCUGAAGGAGCACAGCCUAAGUUGCAUAAUAGUUGGUAUAUUAAUGAGAAUAGUGAGAGAUGUGUACAAUCGAUGAUAUUUUCAGAUAAUCAUCAAUUGAAAAGGCAACCAAAGGGUAUUAAAGUUCCAGAAGUUCUUGUGAGUGUCCCUAUAUUAUCUAUUCGUAAGUUUACACACAAGUCAUGGAGAUACAUAGAUGCAUACAAUAAAGGACUGGAAGGUAGAACUGCUGAAUGA